CCGUGUGCGCCGCGCUGCCGCCAUGGGGUUACUGGCGGGCUGGGGGCCGGCCGGGAGCCGCCUCCUCCCCCUCCUCCUCCUCCUCGCCGCCUCCUCCCGCGCACCGCGGGCCGGGCAGUAGCGGCCUCGUCGAGGGCUGCCCUCCCGUGCCGAGCCGCCCAUGGCGUAGCUGCGCUGCUGCGCGCCUGCCCCCGCGGGACGCGGCGCGGAUAGAGCCUCUGCGAGGCAAUUAAAAGUCUGGAAGAUUUGAUUUCAAAGCAUACCACAUUUUUCAAAGCAAAUAAAUCUACAUGAAGAGCUACAAGGAGAGCUGAUUUGAGAAGAUAGUAUUUGCAAAAAUGUCUUCAAGUUGUGUGACUCCAGUGUUUGCUUUGAUGAUUUUGUGUUUUGCAGCUGCAGGUCCUGUGCCUAGAAGUGAGUGUAUCUUAUCACCUGUUAAUAAUUCGCACCCAGUCCAUGCCUUACUGGAGAGUUUUACCGUCUUAUCUGGCUGUGCAAGCCGAGGCACAACGGGCCUGCCCCAAGAGGUGCAUGUCCUGAAUCUCAGAAAUCCUGAGGAAGGUCUUGGCCACCAUGAAAGAGAGGUCACGUUACACUUGAAUCCAAUUUCAUCCGUUCAUAUUCACCAAAAGCCUCUGGUGUUUCUUCUCAACUCUCCUUUGCCUCUGCACUGGAAGCUAAAAACAGAAAGACUGGCACCUGGAAUCCGAAGAGUUUUCUUUGUGUCUUUAGGUUCUGUUGUUCAGUUUGAGAAGGGAAAUUUCUCAUUGUCAGCAGAAACAGAAGAAAAGCUUUUUCCUGAGAAAAAUGAGUAUCUGCUACAGUGGGCCCAGAAGGAAUAUGGAUCAGUUACGUCUUUCACCGAACUCAAAAUAUCAAGAAACAUCUAUAUUAAAGUAGGAGAAGAUCAAGUGUUUCCUCCCUCGUGCAACAUCGAAAAGAAUUUUCUCUCUUUAAAUUACCUUGCGGGAUACCUACAACCAAAAACAGCAGAAGGGUGCCUUAUGUCUAACGUAGUCCAAGAAAGGGAAGUUCAUAUCAUUGAGCUAAUUACUCCAAAUUCCAAUCCAUACAGUGCUUUCCAGGUGGAUAUAAUCGUUGACAUUAAACCAUCUCAACCAGGCGCCAAGCUUGUCAGAGACGUCGUACUUAUCCUCAAGUGUAAAAAAUCUGUCAAUUGGGUUAUCAAGUCACACAAUGUCCAGGGAAAGCUGGAAGUGAUUACAUCAAACAGUAUUGGUUUUGGAAAGGAAACAGAACGAUCCAUGAUUAUGAGUAAAUCAGUAAUACCUGAUAUUCCUUCAUCUCAUGAGAGUUUGAUCAAGUGGGCUUACGAGCAUAAAUAUAGUCCUGUUACUUCCUACACAAAAGCCCCUGUUGCUAACAGAUUUCACCUGCAACUUGAAGAUACAGAGAUGAAUGAUGAAGAAGAUCAUUCUCUUCCUCCAGAGCUGACAGAACUGCUGCCUGCCCCAAAGAAUCCUGCAUUAAAUGAUGGCCUGACUUUUCCUUUUCAUAUUAACAGAGGAAGGCACGACACAGUGGGAGAAGGAAUUUUCCCAUCCAGGGAUUCAGUGGACACAUUAAUAAAUCAUGAUUUUGAGCAUUCCCUCCCAAAGCACAAAGAACCUGAAGAGGUUCAGGGCAGUGCUGAUGUAGCCCUGUCAAUAAAGUGUGAUGACAAAGUCAUGACAGUGGCUGUAGAAAAAGACUCUCUACAGGCUAGCGGCUACACGAGGAUAGAGCUCUCACUGCUGGAUCAUUCUUGCAAGGCCAGGAUGAAUGGUACCCAUUUCAUUUUGGAGUCUUUACCAAAUAAAUGCGGGACACGGACAGCAUAUAUCUUGGACAAGAUUGUUUAUUUUAACUCUAUUGUCAUUCAGCUGUCAUCACCAGCAGAAAGCAGCGGCUUUGAUGAUGAUGACAUGGAAUCAGGUGAUAAUGGAUUUCCAGGGGAUGCUGAUGAGGGAGAUGUUAUUUUCUCAAGCUGGCCUGAAAUAGCGUUUAAUUGCACACUGCACCAGCCAGAGAAGGAUUUUUUUAAUCCUGCCAUGUUCUGGCCUCCUGAACCACAUGUCACCAAUGUGACCUUCAACAUGGAGCUGUACAAAACAGAUCUGUUCCUUGCUCCCUCCCAAGGACUCUUCUCUGUUGCUGAGAAUGGGCCAAUAUACGUAGAGGUGUCUGUGACCAAAGCUGACAGAUCCUUGGGCUUUGCCAUUCAAACAUGCUUUGUUUCCCCAUUUUCAAAUCCAGAUAGAAUGUCUGAUUACACCAUUAUAGAAAAUAUUUGUCCUAAGGAUGAAUCCGUUAAAUUCUACAGUACUGAGAAGGUGAACUUCCCAAUAGCACAUGCACAGAAGGACAAAAAAAGAUUUAGCUUUGUGUUUAAACCAAUAUUCAACAUCUCACUGCUCUUUCUUCAUUGUGAGUUGACUUUGUGUACAAAUAAAGACAAAGAUACUGAAGGACUGCCUAAGUGUAUUCCUCCUGAUGAAGCUUGCACCUCUCUAAAUGUGGAUAUGAUCUUGGCCAUGAUGCACAACAAAAAAACCUUCACCAAGCCCCUUGUUGUAGUAACUCAUGAAGGAAAAUCAGAAGAUCCUUCUCUUCCAAAGUCAAACGUGAGACAGUCACCUGUGUUCUAUGGUCUGGACACUCUGACUGUUGUGGGCAUUGCAUUUGCGGCGUUUGUAAUUGGAGCCCUGCUAACAGGAGCACUGUGGUUUAUCUACUCUCACACAGGUGAAACAGCUGGAAGACAGCAGGUCCCUGUGUCCCCACCAGCCUCUGAAAACAGCAGUGCAGCACACAGCAUCGGCAGCACACAGAGUACCCCCUGUUCCAGCAGCAGUGCGACCUAACUCUGGGGAGAGCAAAGUUGAGGAGCAGCAUAGGAUUGCAGAGAUUCAAAGGAUUGUGGGUUGACAUCAACUUUUUAAAGCUAAAAGAAUUAGUUCAGUUCCUUUUGAAAAAAGAAUGCUCUACAAAAAGACUGUUUUUCUGGGGAAGCCACUGUGUGUGUGUGUGUGUGUGCAUGUGCACACAGUGCAUGGGUAAGCACAGCCUUUUGGAUAUUCUAUAGUGUGUUAUGCUACAUGUGACAAAGCUACUAAUUUUACAGUACUGCAACCUGUUUUAGGGGUCUGUGGGCCCUCAAUGUGAAAUCUAUGCCAGUUUGGAAAAAUGCUGCUUUGUCUAUAUGACUUUUUCUUUCCCUAAGCCUUCUCAUUGACACAAGGCAUUCAUUAAGGGAGUUUAACAAGAUAAGCAGAACAAAGAUUAUACUAGGUCAAAGGAUGUCUAUUUGUCUAAGGAAGAAAGUCUCAAGGUCAGAUCUCUGUGGUUAAUAACAUUUUAUUACUUCAGCUAUGUUAGCCACUUUUGAGUAACCUUUGUUUUGUUAAGCUUACAGCUACAGCAUCUCAUUUGCUUUUCUGUUGUGUUUGCAGCUUCAGGUUUGUUCCAGGUAUUUCUGUUUUAAUGCACAUUGAGUUGGUAAGUGGAGAAGAGCACACUCUAACAUUCCCUUUCCAGUUUUCCAGGCCAAAGCUCUUUCAUAAGAGAUUUUUUUAUUUACUAUAACAAUAACAGGCACACGCAAACAUUAAGAUAAAUAAUGUUCUUGUGCACUAGCAUAAAUGUGUGUGUACAUUUAAUGGCAACGUUCUUAUGCAAAUAGAUGUAUACCUAAGUAUAUGGAACCAAACAUUUUCCUUCAGCAACUGGAAAAUGAGCUCAGUGUUCCUUCCAUAUAUAAAAUAUAUAAUGCAGAUAUAUAAAACAACUGGCUCUUUGAUAGAAGAGAGAAUAAAAAGGUGACACAGUUUUACUCUUUUAGUUCCCCCAAACUCCCUUUGAAAUAAGAGAUGGUUUUGAGGGCACAAAGAAUGUACAGUAGAGCCUAUCAUUUUUGUAAAAUACCACCUAUAAAACAAAGCUAUUCUCUUGAGAUAACUGUGCAGUUGUUUGUGCCAAACUGUUGUAUGAACAUUGCAAUUGGAUAGUUCCAAAGUAGUGUUGGAAUAUGGAAAGGGCAAAAAGGUACCAGUUCUCACAGUAUUUUUUUUUAGUGUCAUUGCCAUAUCUUGACCUUUGACUAGAUGCCAAAUGAAAAGAAAAAACCUGUUAUUUUGAAUGUGUGAUUCUUUGACUGUUAUGUUGCCACUUUGUAAUUGUAAUGUGUCCUACUGAUCCUUCUCCUUUAAGGAAAAAUGAGCAUUGUUUUACUUU